ACGUUUUUUUUCUGUGGUAUGAAUGUUAAUGGUAUUGCUAAUUAACAACUGUGAUGGCUAACAGAGAAGAGAUGCACGUCACUGAGAGUAACCUCACCAUGGCACCUGAUGUGAUGUACUACAAUAUGUCCCUGACUACGGGAGACAUGGAGCUCGUCAGGCUUCAGGUUGAUUGUGAGGUGGAGGGUGCAAACGCCCUGUUUGAGGCUACUUCUGAGGUUAAAAUUGCGGGCCCACGAGACCUCCUUGAUGAGUCCCAGAGUGAGGCCCAGCAUCAAGUGGAUGAUGAUCGUCUGUGUGAGAAGACUGAGGUGAAGGAACCUUCUUACACCACGAGACUGCAGGAACUCUCCACACCGUCCAAUGAUGUCUGGUGGUCUUGGUACCAGAAUAAAUAUGGACCCACCUAUGAUGAUUUCAGAAGCCUUUACAUCUUGUCAGAUGAGAGUGAUGAUUUGACCCAUGAUGCGGAUGAUGAAGAGGACAAGAUUAAUUGGAACCCAAUGCCGCUUGAAGACUUGAAGAAUGACUAUGAUGACAUGUAUUUUCCUGGCCCUUGUGAAAGGCGAGACUGACCCCAGAGAGCUGUACAGUUAUGUUCUGAUGAAAUGGCGGCGCUCUAUCUUAGAACCCUCUCAUAGAGACCAUGUAGGAUCUGAGAUGAUCUGGAGCUUCUUUGCACUCCUGUGCAGGAAUAAUGGGGUAGGUGUAGCUGUGUGUGUGAUGAGAGUGUGAGAGAGAGAGAGAGAGAGAGAGAGAGAGAGAGAGAGAGAGAGAGAGAGACAGAAAGAUCUAAACACGAUCUUGCUUGGCAGUAUGUUUUUAGUGUACUUUAGAAAUAUGCAUGACUGUGUCUAUGUGCGUUCACCACAUUCCCUGUUCCAGAUGGCGACUGGUAAAGAGAUGGCCGCCCUGCUGCUGCACAGAAGCAAGUAUGGACCUGGAGCAGCAAAGGAUUGUGGUAGAGGCACCAAUGGCCUCAUAGAUCUGCUCAUCUUUGGCAAGAAAAAGGCAUACUACUCCUUCACAUUUUCAUGUCAGCUGGAAUAGACACAUUGAUACACUGCAAUGAACCUGUCUCUAUUCAUAAUAUGUCAUACAUGGUUAUACUGCCUUGAAGGAGGCUCUGGACUUGGCCAUCAGCCAAGGCUACUGGGAGCACGCCUUAUAUCUGGACAACGUGAUUAAUAAAUCAUUAUGUGGCAGGGCCAUCAGUGGAUUCAUCAGUGGACUGGAUGAUAGGGAUCCGAUGAAAACUUUCUAUCAGGUCCAAGCAGGUGUACUUCCGUCAGCUGCCACUAGCUAUGGGGAUGAGACCUUUGGAGAUUGGCGCCCCCACUUGGCCAUGGUUUUGAUGAAUUCCAUUAAUCCUGACUUUCAAAAAGAAGUAAUUAUAAACAUUGGAGACACUCUAGCAUCUAAAGGGCACAUUCAGGCUGCACAUGUUUGUUACAUGACUAUAGAAAUGGAACCGGGGAAAUACAAGCAAAACACCAGGCUAGUUCUUGUUGGAGGAGACCUCAGCUUACCAUUCAGGGAGUUUGCUUGCAACACUGCAAUUGAGCAAACGGAACUCUACGAGUAUUGUUUGUCUCUCCGCCGCGAUGGUCUUUGUGUACCUAACUUCCAGAUGUUUAAGGUUUUGUACGCUGGGAGACGGUUCCAAGCUGGAAAUUCUGCAGAGGCCCUUAAAUAUGCUGAGGCCAUUGGAAGAGCUUUGUUGGCGUCUCCGUCAGAAGAUAGACGGUUACUGUCAAAUCUCCUGAAACUAUGUGCCGCCCUACCCCCAAAGCUGCAAGGAGAAUGGACUGAGCCUCCUUGGAUAACAAGCCUCAAGAGGCUGGAAAAGGUUUUGGGGCUCAAAGACAUGACUGUACCUCCAGAAGGUUCAGAGCUGUUUCAGCGUCAGCCUGUCGUGUCACUGGAGAAUGAGUCAGACACAGCUCAUGGAAGUGGGAUGGAGGUGUCCAAACCAUCUCCUGCUGAGGACAAUCUUCCUGCUCUACUUCAGGGCCAACCUGACGUCCAGAGUGUGGAACUUGAGGAGGAGGUCGGUAGUCAAUCAGACCCAACCAAUCGCUCCUCCCCAAUGGAGCUGGACACUCAGAAUAGCCAUCUGAAGGAAGACGAGGAGGGAAUUAAAGAGAAACCAGCCCACUUCUCUGUCAUCACCAUCAUCUCUGAGAGGUCUUCUUGCCCAGAACAAGACAACAGCUCAGUCUGCUUGGGUAGUCCCAAGAUCAUCAGGCCGCGAAGAAAGCGAUUUUGGACUUCCUGGUUUGGCUGUUUCAGGAGGGCAGAGGAGUAAUUCCCUUUUCACGGUUCUACCCGGGCUGUUCCAGUGGCUCCAGAGGAAUGAACCUCAACAAGCUCAGCUCUUGUCAAUCAACUCCUGAAGGACA